GAUCAGUAUCAGUUUUAAUCACUACCAGGAAUUUUCAACACACACUUAGGCGGCUACACGGAUUUGUACUUUCGAUAAGACGUGAAUUUUCAAAAAUGAAAUAAUUUUCAACAUUAUCUACCUAUGUAUCUUGUCAUCGGCAUAAUAUGUUUACUCGAUUACUAUUGUUCUCGGUCAUUUUUCUUGCAUUAAUUUACUUUUGUACGAGUUGGCAGCCUACUUUUAGACGAAGCGAUUUCAUUAAAGAAUUAAGAGGUCCGUAUUACAUAGUCAAACCCUUGAAUGUAUCUGGAGCCCAGUAUGUUCCUACCCAUAUCCAACGACCACCUUAUGUGUUCAUGGAUGGCGUUGAAGAUGCCCCCGAUGCAAUCCUGAUUAAAAAUGCUACCGAAAUAGAUGCGAUUGCUGCGAGUUGUUCGAUUGCUCGAGAGGUUAUGACCGCUUUGAAAAAAUUCAUUCGUGCCAGGAAAACCACCGAUCAAGUAGACGCCUACGCUCACGAAUUAAUUAUAGAAAAAGGAGCAUAUCCUUCGCCUUUGAUGUAUAAUAAAUAUCCGAAAUCCAUAUGUACAUCUGUAAAUAACAUCAUCGUUCAUGGAAUCCCCGAUAAUAGGAUGUUACAUAAUGGAGACAUCAUCAAAGUAGACGUCUCGGUGUAUUAUAAAGGCUUUCAUGGAGACUGCAGCGAAACUUUCCAUAUUGGUACAGUAAACGAGAAAGGCAGACGAUUGGUGAAAGUUGCCAGACAUUUGUUGAAAGUUGCAAUCGCAAUGUGUAAACCAGGAGUCCGAUUCAAAGACUUGGGUGAAAGAAUCGAGCAGGAAGCCAAGCUGAAAAAAGUAAGCUUAAUACCAACAGUGUGUGGACAUGGGAUCGGUAAAUUCUUACAUGAACGUCCAGCUAUCGACCAUUAUGCAAAUGACGACAACAUUGAUCACUGGAGGCAAAUGGAACCUGGUAUGGUAUUCACAAUAGAACCAGCCAUCGCAGAAGGUCGCUUUGAAGAGAAAAUGUUCCCUGAUGGUUGGACGUUAGCCACAAAAGAUAAUUCUAGGGUGGCUCAAUUCGAGCAUACGAUCGCUAUUACUGAAAAUGGGAACAGGAUAUUGACUUUGUAGGUGGAUAUGUUGGUAUAAUAUCAUAUUGAAAGAUCAUCAUGUAUAGUUUUGUACAGAUUCGUUUAGUAAAAUUGUUCGGUUGGAUUUAAUUUUUA